CUGUGGAACUUGCAGGGAGUCCUGGCUCAGUACAAACAGCACAUGAUCAGAGUCAGCUGAUGAUGAAUGAGAAGGAGAACAGCCCGGCACAGGGGGAAGUUCUGUGCUCCAGGGAGACUUGCUCAGUACUGUGCAAUGAAAAUGAGCAUCUACACCCCCCUGCGUCUUGCCUGUGCUGUCUGCCUCCUAGCUUGUUCAGUCCGUAGCCAACUCCUCAGCACUCCGGUCCCGGGCAACUCUACUUGGGCACCGAUAAUUGGGACAAACUGCAGCUCGAUCAAUACAUCGCAGUGCACAGCCUGUCCAGCAGGGACAUUCCCCAGCAAUGACACUGAAGAAUGUUCUUGUUGUACAAGUGGCUCCUGUGUAAACUCCUCCAGCUGUCUGUCCUGCCCAAAUGGCUACUACCAGCCCCAGAGUGGCCAACAACUUUGCCUCCCGUGCCCGCAAGGAUUCUAUACCAAUGCCACCCAAAGCUCCGCUUGCCAUUCGUGCCAGUCAGGCUACUAUUCCAAUCAAACGGCAUCUGUCGGGUGUGAGCCGUGCAACAAAGGGUUUUACUCCGCUCAUGAAAACGCUACUUCAUGUGAGCCGUGCCCUCGGGGGUCCUAUUGCAACACCACCAGCUGCAUCACUUGUCCUGUCUGUCCCAAUGGAGAGGAAGCCUUAGCGCCAGGUUCCACCGAGUGUUCUCUUUGUCGGCCUGGUUCAUAUAAAGAGUCUGGUGACCACAUGUGUAAGUUCUGCCAAGACGGUGAAUAUCAGUCCAAAUGGGGAGCAGCAAACUGUAAUGUUUGUCCUGAAGAUCAUUAUUGUCCUAGCCCAGACAUAAACCCGAUUCAAUGCCCAGAAGAUGCUUUCUGCCCAGAGGGAAGCACAGAGCCGAGUUACUGUAUGGAAACUUUCUUCCGUAAAGCCGGAGAUACGUGUAAAAUUGCACCGCUUACUAUUAUAUUGCUCGUCAUUUUUUGCGCAUGUCUGAUCAUUCUCAUUCUGUUUGCUGUGAGGAAGCAGAAAGCGAGUGUAGAAAGAGACGUGAGAAGGUGCAGUUCCAAGUCCCGGCUGCUGGAAUCCCAAAGGCCCCCUAGUUAUCUGUAUGGAGUUACCCACGAUACGGAGCCGGUGUAUGCUGGAUGGUGACCCUCACAUUCUGCUUUAUAUUCAUUUCCUUUUAAAGGGGAAGUGCAGCUUCUCAAAACUUAUUGUUUUCAAAUAUCAAAAUUGCUUUCUGUAUUUUUUUUUUGCUAAAACUUAUGUGAUAAAAUGUGUUCCCUGGUAGCUGAAGCAACUCGCCGGACUGUUACAGUUCAAUCAAUGACUUUGUUGGUGUCUCCUUCAAGCAGCUUUUUAAGGAGAGGCAAAGUUAAAUUCACUGGUGGGGGUGGUGCAAUAUGUUAAGGAGCCCACAGGCAAUACAGUCGGAGUGUUUUUUUCCCCCCUUUGCUCAUUUUUGGAAAUAAAAAUACUCCAGCCUGUGGAAAUAACUAAAAGAGCGCCGCCAUUUUUCUUUCAUUAUCCAUGGAACCCCCACAUGCAAAGUAGAGUAGAAUCGGAAAAUGUGACUCCACUGCCUAAGCCCAAAGCAAGGGGAGCCUGGGGCUCGAGUAAGUUUGGCCCAGUGCUUAUUUUUUUCACAACAGCGCCAGCCCAGGAAAAGAAACAAACUGAUUAAAUACACAGGGCAGAGCCCAUCGGCAUUAACAAUCCCGGGCCUGGCCCCCCACAAAAAAUAUUUGAAGGGUCCCAGCGCAGCCCCCUGCCUGCUUGAUGGACUGCCAUUGCAGAUGCACAAAUUCUCCCAACCACAGGGUCUGCUUCUUCUCUAGUUACACCAUUGGGAGUGACUUUGACACCACCCAGUGAAUUAGCCUUUACAUUUACUAUCCGUCCCAAUUGAGCAUGCUCAAUGUCAGACUGGCCCACCGGGAUACCAGGAAAACUCCCGGGAAGCCCACGUGUUAGUGGGCCUCUUGUUUCUUACCAUUUGGUCUAUUGCAUGGUCAUUCCCUAUUUCUUUAUGGGGGAAAAUGCUUAAUAAUAGAAGAAUAUUGUAAGUAUAAAUAAAAAAACUAGAGAGGUUGAGUGAGGAGAGGAGGAAUAAUAGAUUGGAAAGGUCCACUGUCUUAGGUUUUCUGGUGGGCUCACAGUUUUAGUUUUUCUUUUGGACUGGGAUGCCAGAGGCCCACCAGAAAGCCUUAGACCUUGGGCCCGACCCUGAGCAUGCUCCCAGCUAACACCAGACGAGGUUUAUUCUCAGCCUGCAAAUGAACAUAGGCCAAGAAUCAGCCCCUUCCUUGCCUGAACCUGUAACCACUGCAUCAACGCGGGUGCAGGAAAUGCGCUGCUUGUUUGCACCCGGCAUGCUCUUGUUACGCCCCUGGUCCCAGAUGCAGGAAAAGGGACUGCUUCUCAGCCUGUUGAUAAAUAUCCAUCACGUGUGGUAUUAGCCUAAGCAUUUGGCAGGUCAGUGCCCAGGACUACUGAGAAGCUAAUGGGGAAAAUUAAAGGAAAGCAACAGGUACAAAUGUAGGAAACAGAAAUGACUAUUUGUGGUACUAUUUGGAACCAAUCAGAUUUGUGCAGGAGACACGUUGCAGCUUUUUUAAAGUAACGUAAGUGGCUCAUGUCGAAUUCUAUUGUUUGUUCUGUACAGUUUUUAUGACGGAGGUUUCCUGUCUCAUAUAUAUAAAGUGUACAGUGAGGUUUAGAUGUAAAUGUUUUGUUAUAUAAUUUAACUCAGCAACACUCUCCUUUGCGGUUAAUGGAUGAUAUUGUUAGUUGUGCAGCUUGUAAACUAAUGGAAAUGUAAAACUGAUGUUUUCAAUCAGAAUACUGAGAACUAUGUUCUUUCCUCCCAUUAAAAUGUUUUUGUUUUUUUUU